AUGCGCGGCCCCGCUCGGCCCUCCACUCUGGCUCGUACCUUCGCCAGCUCGUCCCGUAGUCUGAGCAAGGGGGACAACUUUGGCAAGGCAAAGAAGCUCGACACCGCUCCAUUUGCUUCGACCGACGACGAUGUCGUCGUGCCGUACCCAGAGGACAGCUCGCGUCAUCCUCGCGACGAUGUCGGUCACAACACUACCGGUGGUCGCGUUGGUCGACACACGCAACGAACGCUUGCAAGCUUCUCGAUGGAGGACAAGGUCUGUGUGGUCACCGGUGCUGCUCGCGGUAUCGGCAACCUGAUUGCCCGCACCUUUGUCGAAUCCGGCGCCAACCACAUCGCCAUCGUGGAUCUCAACGAAGAGGAGUGCCGGCACGCUGCCAAAGAGGUCGAGGAGUGGUUCACCCAGCACGGCGGUGUCAAGCCGGGCGAGCUCGACAUCCAAGGUUAUGGCUGCGACAUCUCGGACGAGGCUCAGGUGCAGGACGUGAUCGGACGCAUCCACAAGCGCUUCGGCAAGAUCAACGUCGCCGUCAACUCGGCUGGCAUCGUCGAAAACUUCCCGGCUACCGAAUACCCUACGCCCAAACUCAGGAAGCUGUUCGACAUCAACAUCAACGGCUCGUACUUUGUGGCUCGCGAAGUGGCCAAGCGCAUGAUGGAGGACAAGGUGCAGGGCUCGAUCGUCAUGAUCGCCUCCAUGUCGGGAUCCGUGGUCAAUGUACCGCAAGCUCAAGCGCCGUACAACGCGUCCAAGGCAGCGGUCAAGCACCUUGCCAAGUCCAUGGCGGUCGAGUGGGCCAAGUCUGGCAUCCGCGUCAACUCGCUCUCGCCUGGCUACAUGCUCACAUCGCUCAGCCGGGCUGUGCUAGAGAAUAGUCCGAACGGCAAGGAGCUCCGCACCAGCUGGGAGAACAUGACUCCCAUGGGGCGUCUGGGCGACCCGGAGGACCUCAAGGGAGCCGUCGUCUACCUCUCCAGCGACGCCUCCGCUUUCACUACUGGCGCUGACCUUAUCGUUGAUGGCGGCUACACAUCUGUGUAA